AAUUCUCUCUAGCUAGUGAUUAUGGCUCUUUUUCGAUUUAAUGCAUUAAUUUUCUCUCUUGUUUUUACCUCCAUAUUUGCUACUACUAUUUUUGUGUCAUCUUUUCAGUUUGAAAUUGGAGGUGAAAUUGGUUGGAGUAAACCAAUUGGUAAUGAGUCUGAAACUUACAAUGAAUGGGCUGCUAAAAAUAGAUUUCAUAUUGGAGAUUCCCUUUAUUUCAAGUACAAAGAUGACUCGGUGCUAGAAGUCACUCCAGCUGAUUACCUAAACUGCAACACAUCAAACCCAAUUUCCAAAUUUGAAGACGGAGAAACAGUUUUCAAAUUUAACCGUUCUGGGUUUUUUUAUUUCAUAAGUGGCCACAAAAAUCAUUGCAAAUCUGGCCAAAGACUUAUAAUACGUUUAAUGCACCCUUUUGAAUCUGAAACUGCUUCGCCGGGGACUGCCCCGGCGAUGGCACCAACAGUGGCGGCUGGUGGCGGUGAUGACGGCGGAGAUGGUUGGGCUUCUGACUUCUUGGGACCCCCUGCAAUUAAUUCUACUAUUACACUUUCUGUUUUCAGUUAUUUUGUUACUGCUCUUGGUGGUGUUAUCGUCUUUUUUUAUUUGCUUAUGUAGAAGAAUUAAUUAGUCUAUGAUUAUUUUCAUGUUUUUAUAA